CAGAGGGGGAGAGAGGUGCUGUUUUAAAGCUUUCUUAUAAACAGAAACUAAUGGGUUGUCUGUGUUUUUGUGCAGUUAACUGUGGCCCACUCACGCCGUUCCAGGAGCUCCGCCGUUUGUUCUCCCAACCGCAGUGGAGUUUAAAUGUUAAACGCUGUUGGCCUCUGCUGGUCGGGAAGUGAACGGCACAUAGUGCAUCAAUACCAGCGUGACCCCUGGUGGCACUGUCUAUAUCUAUACAACCGCUCAUAUGACGAUUGAAAAUGAGCAAAACUUAUGUUACAGCAUCAGCCAGCAUAAUGAAAUGCUGAAAGUGGUGCUUCAGAAAGUCCAGGAUAGAUAGAUAGAUAGAUGGAUGGAUGGAUGGAAAGGAUUGGAUGCGAAUGAAUUGACCAUCCUGUAAUCCAGUGAAUCCCGGCGGAGGAUUAGAGUUUCAUCUGUGUCUCACUCAUUCUCUCUCAUCUCCCGCUGUGUUUACUGAGAUGAAGUGUCUUGAGUGUGUCAUAAUCCCAGCAAACAGCACAAAUCACUCGUGAGUGAAGAAUGACCACCUCACACACUGCACUGCAUCCUGAUGUCAGAAUAUCAUCUUCAGCUAUACCUGCACAGUUACAUGAUCUGAGGGGUUCAGGUGAACAGCGGCGGCCCACCUGCUCUCACCGGCCAGUAUUCACCUACAAGGAAAGGGGAGGACGAAUUAGGUCAAUCCGAUCAAGACCGGAUCUAUAACAUAAGCUGCCUCUGUAUGUGCAAACACACAGAGUGUGGUAUACAGGCACAUCACACACGGCUGCUGCUCUGAUGACAGACACCAAACUCAGAACCUCCAGGAUGCAUCUGUUGUUCGUGCUUCCCUUGGUGCUCGAGGUCCAGUCCAUCUCCAAGAGCCACAACUUCACCUACGACUGCACCUGCCACCUGGAGCUCAAAAUCGCCAACUGCACCAGCAGCAAUUUCACCCACCUGCCCGCCGCCCUUCCACCCUUCACCGAACAACUGGACCUGUCCCUCAACCACCUGAGUGCCAUCCGGCCCCAAGCCUUCCACAGCACACGAAGACUUCGCGUCCUGCUCCUGAACGACAACAUGAUUGCCAUGCUAGCCAACGGAGUGUUCUCUCUUCUAGAAGGACUGUUGAGGUUGGACCUGAGCCGAAACCGAAUCUCAUUCCUGAGUGAAGGAUUUUCACGGGGUCUUGGUUCCCUUCGAGAUCUGUCACUGGCUGAGAACCGAUUGAGCAGCUUGGACAGCAGUUGUUUCGUCCACUUUGACGCCCUCCAAAGACUCAACCUCAGCCAUAAUGCUAUAGAGACCAUCAAGAUGAGAGCGUUUGGGUCCAUGAGUACCCUACGCCAGCUACAACUCAACUCGAACAAUUUAACGGUUCUCAAAAAUGGCAUCUUCUCCAUGUUACGAAACCUCGAAGUCUUGAAUUUACAUCUCAACCAGAUACACUACUUGGACGUCGGCGUGCUUUCGCCAUUGACCAGUCUCGCUCUACUGGACCUCACCAACAACAACCUCUCCACGAUUCAGUUCAAGACCUUCCUAAGUCUCAACACGUACAGCACUCACAUAAUGCUCCAAGGAAACCCAUGGGAUUGUGACUGCGAUCUGCAGCGAGUCUUCCGGAAGCUCUGUAACGUCAAGCGGCUGUUCCUGGAUGACUACGACAACCUCACCUGCGUGAAUUUGGACGAAAGUCACAGAAACUACACGAUGAAAGAGGAGUUCUGCGUUGCAGAGAUGGUUACUGUCCUGGUCAUCACCAUGACGGUGGUCAUCACUGUUGUGGCUGCCAUCGUCAUGGCAGAGAAGAAAAGGAAAAAAAAGAACAAAGGAAAGCAUUGGACGGAAGUCGGCGAGUUGUCAUGUGCAUCGCAAGCCUGAACCAAUGGCGUUAAUGCAAAAAGGAAUAUUAAUCUUGCAUUAUACUUGUAUGUAUAUGCUUUAGGUUGUCAAAU